GUUCCUCCAGUUGACAACUGAGGAAAAGGUACAGAGAAGUUAAGUGAUUUAUUUGUCUAAAGACACUACUAGUGGUUGCUGAGCUGUUUUCUUAUUGCUGUUUUGAGUCCGAACCCGGUAUUCUCUGCUUUGCAUCCGGAUUGCUGGCUCUCUUUCUUGUUGACUAAGAGGGUUAGGGAUUGGGCAUCUAUUGCCUUUUUUUUUUUUUAAUAAAUUUAUUUAUUUAUUUAUUUAUUAUUUAUUUUUGGCUGUGUUGGGUCUUCGUUUCUGUGCGAGGGCUUUCUCCAGUUGUGGCGAGUGGGGGCCACUCUUCAUCACGGUGCGCGGGCCUCUCACUGUCGCGGUCUCUCUUGUUGCGGAGCACAGGCUCCAGACGCGCAGGCUCAGUAGUUGUGGCACACGGGCUUAGUUGCUCCGCAGCAUGUGGGAUCUUCCCAGACCAGGGGUCGAACCCGUGACCCCCGCACUGGCAGGCGGACUCUCAACCACUGCGCCACCAGGGAAGCCCUCUAUUGCCUUUUUAAGUCUGGAGUAUCCCAGUAGGGCGAUGAAGGUGAUGUAAUCAAGUCUUCGUUAAAUCUGUAGAUACCGUUUUCUUCUUACUCCGAGUCGUGUAUUCACUGGGUGUUUUUAUAGAGGUGCCUUUGGGUUGUCAAGCUGUAUUCUAGGUACUAGAGUUACAGCAGCAAACAAAAAUACCCCCCCCCCUUACGUUCUAGUGAGGGUAGACAGACAAUAAACAAAUAUAUAGUGAGACAGAUGGUGAUCAGAGGUAAGAAGAAGUAUGAAGCAAGGCACAGCAGCCACACAGAAAAGAUGGGAGAGGAGGCCAAUGAUGACAAGAAGCCAACUACUAAAUUUGAACUAGAGCGAGAAACAGAACUUCGCUUUGAGGUGGAGGCCUCUCAGUCAGUUCAGUUGGAGCUGCUCACUGGCAUGGCAGAAAUCUUUGGCACAGAGCUGACCCGAAACAAGAAAUUCACCUUUGAUGCUGGUGCCAAGGUGGCUGUUUUCACUUGGCAUGGCUGUGCUCUACAGCUCAGUGGCCGCACCGAGGUGGCGUAUGUCUCCAAGGACACCCCUAUGUUGCUUUAUCUCAACACUCAUACAGCCUUGGAGCAGAUGCGGAGGCAGGCGGAGAAGGAAGAAGAGCGAGGGCCCCGGGUGAUGGUAGUGGGCCCCACUGAUGUGGGCAAGUCCACAGUGUGCCGUCUCCUGCUCAACUACGCAGUGCGUUUGGGCCGCCGGCCCACUUACGUGGAGUUGGAUGUGGGCCAGGGCUCUGUGUCCAUCCCUGGUACCAUGGGGGCCCUCUACAUUGAGCGGCCAGCAGAUGUUGAAGAGGGAUUCUCUAUCCAGGCCCCUCUGGUGUAUCAUUUUGGCUCCACCACUCCUGGCACCAAUAUCAAGCUUUAUAAUAAGAUUACAUCUCGUUUAGCAGAUGUGUUCAACCAAAGGUGUGAAGUGAACCGAAGGGCCUCUGUGAGUGGCUGUGUCAUUAACACCUGUGGCUGGGUCAAGGGCUCUGGUUACCAGGCACUGGUGCAUGCAGCCUCAGCCUUCGAGGUGGAUGUAGUUGUGGUUCUGGAUCAAGAACGACUGUACAAUGAACUGAAACGGGACCUACCUCACUUUGUACGCACUGUGCUGCUCCCUAAAUCCGGGGGUGUGGUUGAGCGCUCCAAGGACUUCCGGCGGGAAUGUAGGGAUGAGCGUAUCCGUGAGUAUUUCUAUGGAUUCCGGGGCUGUUUCUAUCCCCAUGCCUUCAAUGUCAAAUUUUCAGAUGUGAAAAUCUACAAAGUUGGGGCACCCACCAUCCCAGACUCCUGUCUGCCUUUGGGCAUGUCUCAGGAGGACAAUCAGCUCAAGCUAGUCCCCGUCACCCCUGGCCGAGAUAUGGUGCACCACCUCCUGAGUGUCAGCACUGCUGAGGGCACAGAGGAGAACCUUUCUGAGACAAGUGUGGCUGGCUUCAUCGUGGUGACCAGUGUGGACCUAGAGCAUCAGGUGUUUACUGUUCUCUCUCCAGCCCCCCGCCCACUGCCUAAGAACUUCCUUCUCAUCAUGGAUAUCCGGUUCAUGGAUCUUAAGUAGAGAUGAGCAGGAAGCCUUGCUGCCUGGGGCGUAGAGAUCUUGGCCAUCACCUAAGGCACAUGGGCUGAGGUAUGAGGAUCUCUUGAGGCCAGGCUGACCUGUAUAUGGUGGACUACUCGGAAGCGUAUAUUCUACCUCUUAAAACAGGUGUUGGUAACCUAACUCUUCUGAUCUUGAACCAGAAGGAAAACCAUGAGAAUAUGAUUGGUUUCUUAGAUCAGCUGAGUUGCCACUUUGAAUGAUCUGAGUUCCAGAGAAGUCCCAUUUUUUUCACUCUGCUACUAUGUGGACUAAUUUAUUACUGCUUUAUAUUCUGUAUAUAGUACUUGUUAUCUUGUUUGUCCAGGAUGAGAGAGCGAAUUCAAAGGACUCCUUCCAAUAAAGUUCUUACUUGGGAAAAAAAAAAAAACUAUUUUAAUAAACAUUU